AUGAAUUCCCUGCUUGACCCAGAGCCACCAGAAUCGGUGGCACAGGCCUCUGGACUCGGGAAAGAGCAAAAUACAAUGCUUAAAGAUCAAAUGGAAGUGGAUGAAACCAAUAUGACGGGCGAAGAUGUGUGGGAAGACAUGGCGUCAGAUGCAGGGCCUGCCGCGGGGCCCGCCGCGGGGUCUGCCGCGGGGUCUGCCGCGGGGUUGGGUGUGGGGGCUGGACUGCCGCCAUACAUUCCAGAGAUUCUUGUAAGGCCCCAUGGUCUUCAAAGGAAACCACGUGCUACACAAGCCUCUUCUGUCUGGAUCCAUCUCAUUCCUGACCUUGCCCUCUCUCUCCUGGCAUUUCGGAAAUCAUCUUUUGCAUGCCCACCCACAUCUCUUGCUGCAACCAUCUAUCAAAACUGUGACAACCCUUCCUGUACCCAAAAUAAAAUUCGGGUUCUAUGUCUCCACAUUGCACAUUUUCAACAUAUCGAUGUGCAAGCAUGUUCUUGUGUUUCACCUGCCACUGUCCUACUGGAACAUGGUGCUCUCGCCACCUCACCUAGCAAGCCACAGAUUGCUGUUGCAGUGAAUACAUUGGAAAUAUACCAAGCGUUAUUUGAACGCUCCUGCAUUGCGAUUCAAGCAUUCACCAAUGCCCUGACAACCCUCUAUAACACCAGAGGAUUCGAGCUCAUGUCCAAGACCUUUGAUAGCGAACAUGCUACUGAUCCUCUACGACAAGCCCUCUCCCAGGCUGUGCAUGUGUACAGCAGCAUCCAGCGGCAUAUCCGAAAAAUGGUCAAUGAUGCCUUGGCCAUGGAAUAUAGUCAAAUCAACACCAGAUUAUCUUCCACGGUGUGA